AGGAAAAAUUUAGUCGAGUGGCGCAUUUAUCCAAAACGACAACAACAACUUUCAAUAUGGUUCUUGCAUCAGACAAAAUAUUAUAGAAUAAAGGAUCAUUGGUAGUUUUCGCUAGCUACAAUCAAACACAUUCAGCUUUUGUAUUGUGAUAAAAUGGACUCAGAUGACCAAGGGGCAACUCCUUCUGAAACACAAAAGGCAAAGUCUCCAAGACAAAAGACAGCCAAAGUGAAACCUGAAGAUCAAGAAGGGGCGGAAGGCACAGAGAAAACCCCAAAAGGUAAAGGAAAUAAACAGCAAAAAUGUGACACUCAACCUAAGAAAGAGAAAAAAGAAGCCACCAAGACAGCGGAUAAAGCUCAGUCAAACAAAGAGAAAGGGAAGUCUGGGGAUGCAAAGCAAUCAAACACAGAGCAGAAAGAGAAAACCAAGUCUGGGGAUGCUGCACAAGGGAAUAAAGAGAAGAAACAUGCAAGUAAAAAGCCUGAUGAUGGCGAAAAGGAAGAGAGCCAGGGUGAUGCAGCACAACUUAGCAAUGCUGAGCUUAGAAGAAUGAGGAGAGAAAAACAGGAAGCCCAGCGUGCUGCUAAGGAGAAAGCCAAGACUCAAGUCACAGCAGCUGCACCUAAGAAAGAGGCCCCAGUCCGAGUACCAGACAGCUUGAAGGCUGACGUUCCAGAGACCCAGAAACGUGUGGCAAAAAAGCUGGAAAAGCAGCAAAUCCCUACACGUACGUCUGCCCAGCGCAAGGUCCGACUGUUCAACCACCUGCAGCAGUACGAGAAAGAAGUCUCUCUCACCCAGUCACUACAGUUCUCCAGCAGCGGAAUGCACCCUGCCAUCAUACGUUUGGGCCUGCAGUACGCGGAGGGGGUCGUGAGUGGGUCCAACGCUCGAUGCAUCGCCCUCUUAGCAGCACUGAAAAUGGUGAUACAAGACUACACAACUCCUCCCAAAGAAGAACUGCGACGUGAUUUGGUCACCAAAAUCAAGCCAUGCAUCAGUUUCCUGAACCAGUGUCGUCCCCUGUCAGUCAGUAUGGGAAACGCUAUCAAGUACGUCAAGUGGCAGAUAGCUCACACAGAGGGAUCCCUCUCAGACACUGAGGCCAAAAGAAAGCUGUGUGAGUCAAUUGACGAUUUUCUUCACGAGAGAAUCAUAGUGGCGGCCCAAGCUAUCUCUGGGGAGGCCAGGGCCAAGAUAUCUGACGGCGACGUUAUCCUAGUGUACUCAUGUUCCUCGAUAGUUCGCAAGGUCCUUAUAGACGCACACAAACAUGGUAAACAGUUCCGGGUUAUUGUUGUUGACAGUCGUCCACGAAUGGAAGGGAAGGAGUGUUUACGACGCCUCGUUAAGGAGGGAAUCCAGUGUUCCUACGUACUCAUCAAUGCUGUUUCCUAUGUCAUGACAGAGGCGACCAAAGUGUUCCUGGGUGCACACGGUCUGUUGGCAAAUGGUUUCCUCAUGUCACGUGUGGGCACUGCCCUCAUCUCGCUGAUAGCCAAGGCGAGCAAUGUACCCGUGCUGGUCUGCUGUGAGACGUACAAGUUCUGUGAGAGGGUCCAGACAGACUCCUUCGUCUUUAACGAGCUCGGCGAUCCAGACGACGUUGUCGACAUUGGUAAGAAGUCCCCAUACCUGUGGGACUGGCGUGACUACGGCUCUCUGACACUACUCAACCUCGUGUAUGACUUCACGCCACCAGAGUUCGUCUCUGUGGUGAUCACAGAACUAGGCAUGAUCCCCUGCACGUCUGUGCCGGUCGUGUUGAGAAUGAAACAGACCGAGACCGGAUUCACUUGAUUUUCUUUGACCUUUAAUUGGUUGAACGGUUUUCAGGCUAUUAGUAUAAUGAAGAUUGUGACAGUAUGUCAGGUGUUAAUAAUUAUUGUAUCAAUGAGGUUUUUGAAGUUUUCUUGCAGCAAAAAAAUGCAUUCUUUUGCUGUUAGCUUUUACAUUCAAUAAAUGCAAAAUUGUAUUAUGUGUGUUAAAUAAGUAAAACCAUAGGUUUUUUCACUGCAGUAAUGAUGAAUAUGAAGAUAUAUAUCUGGUGCUAAAUGAAUAUAAAUGAUCUGAAUUGUGGCUUUUGGCUUCCUUUCUACAAACAUGAGGUGUCUUUGAUGAGGUAUCCACAGACAAAAUUACUGUUCUUCAGCCUAGUCAUAUACAGUUGUUGACACCCAUGAUUUCAUUUUCAUGCGUAUUGCAUUGUUGUUGUUGUUGUUGUUCUUUAAAUUGAGUCAUGCUCUGGUAAAAUAAGGCUAAUUGAAUAAUCUUAAACUGUCGUCCCAUAUUAGCCUGUGCAGUCAGCUUAGGCCAAUAAGGCUAAUUGAAUAAUCUUAAACUGUCGUCCCAUAUUAGCCUGUACAGUCAGCUUAGGCCAAUAAGGCUAAUUGAAUAAUCUUAAACUGUUGUCCCAUAUUAGCCUGUGCAGUCAGCUUAGGCUAAUCUGGGACGUCACUUUUGGCUUUCAUUUACGAAAACCCUUUAAUUGUGUUAAAAGUACAUGCACAUGCAUUAAGCCCCAUUUUCCCAGAGCGUUCCAAAAUUAUUUUCACUUGCGGGUCUACAUAUUUAUAUAAAGUUGAUAUUAUUGGUGUCACUCAGUUUAUUGAUAAACUAGUAUAGAUUUUUUGCGUAAAAAAUAAACAAAUAAAAAUGUG